AAAUGUGAGCGGGGCUGAUGGAAGCUGAUAGGCAGGACUGGAGUGUUAGCACCAGUACUGGAUGUGACAGCAGGCAGAGGAGCACUUAGCAGCUUAUUCAGUGUCCGAUUCGGAUUCCGGCAAAGAUCCAGGCAUGGAAUGCUGCCGUCGGGCAACUCCUGGCACACCGCUCCUCUUUCUGGCUUUCCUGCUCCUGAGUUCAAGGACAGCACGCUCUGAGGAGGACCGGGACGGCCUAUGGGAUGCCUGGGGCCCAUGGAGUGAGUGCUCACGCACCUGCGGUGGAGGAGCCUCCUACUCACUGCGACGCUGCCUCAGCAGCAAGAGCUGUGAAGGAAGAAAUAUCCGCUACAGAACAUGUAGUAAUGUGGACUGCCCACCAGAAGCAGGUGAUUUCCGAGCUCAGCAGUGCUCAGCUCAUAAUGAUGUCAAGCACCAUGGCCAAUUUUAUGAAUGGCUUCCUGUGUCUAACGACCCUGACAACCCAUGUUCACUCAAGUGCCAAGCCAAAGGAACAAACUUGAUUGUUGAACUAGCACCUAAAGUCUUGGAUGGAACUCGUUGCUAUACAGAAUCACUGGAUAUGUGCAUCAGUGGAUUAUGUCAAAUUGUUGGCUGCGAUCACCAGCUGGGAAGCACCGUCAAGGAGGAUAACUGUGGGGUCUGCAACGGAGAUGGGUCCACCUGCCGGCUGGUCCGAGGGCAGUAUAAAUCCCAGCUCUCCGCAACCAAAUUGGAUGACACUGUGGUUGCCAUUCCCUAUGGAAGCAGACAUAUUCGUCUUGUCUUAAAAGGACCUGAUCACUUGUAUCUGGAAACCAAAACCCUCCAAGGUGCUAAAGGUGAAAACAGCCUCAGCUCUACAGGCACCUUUCUUGUGGAAAAUUCUAGUGUAGAUUUCCAGAAAUUUCCAGAAAAAGAGAUACUGAGAAUGACUGGACCACUCACAGCGGAUUUCAUUGUCAAGGUCCGUAACUCGGGGCCCGCCGACAGCACAAUCCAGUUCAUCUUCUAUCAGCCUAUCAUCCACCGAUGGAGGGAGACGGAUUUCUUCCCUUGCUCAGCAACCUGUGGAGGAGGGUACCAGCUGACAUCGGCCGAAUGUUAUGAUCUUCGGAGCAACCGUGUGGUUGCUGACCAAUACUGUCAUUAUUACCCAGAGAACAUCAAGCCGAAACCCAAGCUUCAGGAGUGCAAUUUGGAUCCUUGCCCAGCCAGUGACGGAUACAAGCAGAUCAUGCCUUAUGACCUCUACCACCCCCUUCCUCGGUGGGAGGCCACCCCGUGGACCGCGUGCUCCUCCUCCUGUGGGGGGGGCAUCCAGAGCCGGGCAGUUUCCUGUGUGGAGGAGGACAUCCAGGGGCAUGUCACUUCAGUGGAAGAGUGGAAAUGCAUGUACACCCCUAAGAUGCCCAUCGUGCAGCCCUGCAACAUUUUUGACUGCCCUAAAUGGCUGGCACAGGAGUGGUCUCCGUGCACAGUUACAUGUGGUCAGGGCCUCAGGUACCGUGUGGUCCUCUGCAUUGACCAUCGAGGGAUGCACACAGGAGGCUGCAGUCCCAAAGCAAAGCCCCACAUAAAGGAGGAAUGCAUCAUACCCACUCCCUGCUACAAGCCCAAAGAGAAGCUUCCAGUAGAGGCCAAGCUACCGUGGUACAAACAAGCUCAAGAGCUAGAAGAAGGAGCUGCUGUGUCAGAAGAGCCCUCGUUCAUCCCAGAGGCCUGGUCUGCCUGUUCGGUUACUUGUGGUGUGGGGACCCAGGUGCGAAUAGUGAGGUGCCAAGUGCUCCUGUCUUUCUCUCAGUCUGUGGCUGACCUGCCCGUUGAUGAGUGCGAAGGGCCUAAGCCAGCAUCCCAACGUACCUGCUAUUCUGGACCAUGCAACGGGGAAAUUCCCGAAUUUAAUCCAGAUGAAACAGAUGGACUGUUCGAUGGACUACCGGAUUUCGAUGAGCUGCAUGACUGGGAGUAUGAGGGAUUCACCAAAUGCUCUGAGUCAUGUGGAGGAGGUGUCCAGGAGGCUGUGGUGAGCUGCCUGAACAAACAGACACGGGAGCCUGCUGAUGAGAACUUGUGCGUGACCAGUCGCCGGCCCCCACAGCUCCUGAAAUCCUGCAAUUUGGAUCCCUGCCCAGCAAGGUGGGAAAUUGGCAAGUGGAGUCCAUGUAGUCUUACCUGUGGGGUUGGCCUACAAACCAGAGAUGUCUUCUGCUCCCACCUGCUUUCCAAAGAGCUGAAUGAAACAGUCAUCCUAGCUGAUGAGCUGUGUCAGCAGCCCAAGCCCAGCACGGUGCAAGCUUGUAACCGCUUCAAUUGCCCCCCAGGCUGGUAUCCUGCACAGUGGCAGCCGUGUUCCAGGACCUGUGGUGGAGGUGUUCAGAAACGUGAAGUCCUUUGCAAGCAGCGCAUGGCUGACGGCAGCUUCCUGGAGCUCCCUGAGACCUUCUGUUCAGCCUCCAAGCCGGCCUCCCAGCAGGCCUGCAAGAAAGAUGACUGCCCCAGUGAGUGGCUUCUUUCAGAGUGGACAGAGUGUUCCACCAGCUGCGGGGAAGGCACCCAGACGCGCAGUGCCAUUUGCAGAAAGGUGCUGAAAACCGGGGUCUCGACCGUUAUCAAUUCCACUCUGUGCCCGCCUCUGCCUUUCUCUUCUUCCAUCAGGCCCUGCAUGCUGGCAACCUGUGCAAGACCUGGGCGGCCAUCCCCAAAGCACAGCCCACACAUCGCAGCAGCAAGGAAGGUCUACAUCCAGACACGCAGGCAGAGGCGGCUGCACUUUGUGGUGGGCGGUUUCGCCUACCUGCUGCCCAAGACCACUGUGGUGCUGCGCUGCCCCACGCGCCGGUUCCGUAAGCCUCUCAUCACCUGGGAAAAGGAUGGCCAGCACCUCGUCAGCUCGGCACACGUCACCGUGGCGCCCUUCGGCUACUUGAAGAUCCAUCGACUCAAGCCCUCAGACGCCGGCAUCUACACCUGUUCCGCAGGACCAGCCCGUGAACACUUUGUGAUUAAGCUCAUUGGGGGCAACCACAAGCUCGUGGCCCGACCCCUGAGCCUGCGCAGUGAGGAAGAAGCCAUUCUGGGAAGGAAAGCCAGCCCUAAGGAGGCCCUGCAGAUCCACAAACACCGGAACGGGAUCUUCUCCACUAAUGGGAGCAAGGCCGAGAAGCGGGGCCUGGCUGUAGACACGGGGAGCCGCUACGAUGACCUUGUAUCGCGGCUUCUGGAGCAGGGCGGCUGGCCCGGAGAACUCCUGGCUUCGUGGGAGGUGCAGGACUCCACCGAGAGGAAUGCAUCUUCGGAGGAGGACUUAAAUGCAGAGCAGGCCCUGCCGCACCUGCCCUUUACCAUGGUGGUGGAGCAGAAGCGCCUGGAUGACAUUCUCAGGAACCUCUCCCAGCACCCAGAGGAGUUACGCGAUCUCUGCAGAAAGCACCUGGUAGCCCAGCUGGCCCAGGAGCUCAUCCGCAGCCACGUGGAGCACCAGGAUUUGCUGCUUAAGCCCUCGGAGCGGAGGAUGCUGCCUCUGGCCCUCCCUCCGCACAAGCACAUAUCUGGCUUCAGCAGCGCCCUGCGCACUUUGUCCUCCAGUGAGGCGAGCAGUGGCCCUCGCCGGCCACAGCGCAAGCCGGCUAUCCUGCGGAAGAUCUCGGCCGCCCAGCAGCUCUCGGCCUCCGAGGUGGUCACCCACCUCGGGCAGACUGUGGCCCUGGCCAGCGGGACGCUGAGUGUGCUGCUGCACUGUGAGGCCGUAGGCAACCCAAGGCCUACCAUCACUUGGGCCAGGAAUGGAGAAGAGAUCCAGUUUAGUGACAGGAUUCUUCUCCAGCCAGAUGAUUCUCUGCAGAUCCUGGCACCAGUGGAAGCUGAUGUGGGUUUCUACACUUGUAAUGCAACAAAUGCCUUGGGAUAUGACUCUGUCUCCAUUGCUGUGACACUAGCAGGAAAGCCACUCGUGAAGGCAUCACGUAUGACUGUGGUCAACACCGAGAAGCCUGCAGUCACAGUUGAUGUAGGAAGCACCAUCAAAACAGUGCCAGGAGUGAAUGUGACAAUUAACUGCCAAGUUGCAGGUGUACCUGAAGCUGAACUCACAUGGUUCAGGAAUAAAAGCAAACUUGGCUCCCUUCACCAUCUACAUGAGGGCUCCUUGCUGUUGGCGAAUGUAUCCACCUCGGAUCAGGGCAUGUACUCCUGCAGGGCAGCCAAUCUUCAUGGGGAACUGAUGGAGAAUACCCAGCUGCUAAUCCUAGAUCCCCCACAAGUCCCUACGCAGUUGGAAGAUAUCAGGGACUUGCUCUCAGCCACUGGACCGAACCUUCCUUCAGUUCUGACAUCUCCUCUGGGAACACAGCUGGUCCUGGAUCCUGGGAAUUCUGCUCUCCUUGGCUGUCCUGUCAAAGGUCACCCUACUCCCAAUAUUACCUGGUUCCACGGAGGGCAGCCCAUUGCUACUGCCACAGGAUUGGCACAUCACAUCUUGGCAGCUGGACAGAUCCUUCAGGUUGCAAAUCUCAGUGGUGAAUAUCAAGGGGAAUUCAGCUGCAUCGCUCAAAAUGAGGCCGGGACGCUUGUACAGAAGGCUUCUUUAGUGAUCCAAGAUUACUGGUGGUCAGUGGACAGACUGGCAACCUGCUCUGCUUCCUGUGGUAACAGGGGCAUUCAGCAGCCCCGUCUGAGGUGCCUACUCAACAGCACGGAGGUAAACCCCACUCACUGCGCAGGGAAGAUGCGCCCUGCCGUGCAGCCCAUCGCCUGCAACCGGAGAGACUGCCCAUCAAGAUGGAUGGUGACAUCCUGGUCUGCCUGCACCCGGAGCUGCGGCGGAGGUAUCCAGACACGUCGGGUGACCUGUCAGAAGCUCAAAGCCUCUGGGAUCUCCACACCCGUGUCCAAUGACAUGUGCAGCCAGCUCGUUAAACGGCCAGUGGACACCCAAGCCUGCAACCAGCAGCUGUGUGUGGAGUGGGCCUUCUCCAGCUGGGGCCAGUGUAAUGGGCCUUGUAUUGGGCCUCACCUUGCUGUGCAACAUAGACAAGUCUUCUGCCAGACACGGGAUGGUAUCGCCUUACCGUCAGAGCAAUGCAGUGCCCUCCCGAGGCCUGUGAGCACCCAGAACUGCUGGUCCGAGGCUUGCAGUGUACACUGGAGGGUCAGCCUGUGGACCCUGUGCACAGCGACCUGCGGCAACUACGGCUUCCAGUCCCGGCGUGUGGAGUGUGUGCACGCCCGCACCAACAAGGCCGUUCCUGAACACCUGUGCUCCUGGGGACCCCGGCCAGCCAACUGGCAGCGCUGCAACAUCACCCCAUGUGAAAACAUGGAGUGCAGAGACACCACCAGGUACUGCGAGAAGGUGAAACAGCUGAAACUCUGCCAGCUCAGCCAGUUCAAAUCUCGUUGCUGCGGAACUUGUGGCAAAGUAUGAAGACAGGGCACGGGGAAGACCACCACCCUGGCCACACACAGGACUCACGCAACCACCUUGGACAGAACUUAAGCUUUCUUCAGUUUAUUUAUUUAUUUUCCCUCUUCCCCACCUACACACACACACAC